GGUAGUCGAGAAAACAAUCACGUAUUCACUUUCUAAGAAUACCUAUGUACAAAUAGGCGCAAAAGUGUGUUUUGUUGGGUGUGCGUGUGUGUGUGUGUGCGUGCGCGUGUAAGCUAAGGAAAAAAUAUAGAUGUGGAUUGAGAGUAAGAGGGAGAAAGAGAAAGAACGAGGGAGAAAAAAGUAGUGCACACGGGCACACGCGUGGAUCUUUGGAGAUAGAGUACGUAUUUUGAGCCUGGCAGUUCCGGCGGGCGAGUAGUCAGCAGCCAGCGAAACGGUGCGAAGACCACGGGGCUCGCACGCGGACGACCCUACCAAUACGCGCGUGCUGUGCGCAUUACAUACAUAGAACCCGCGAAGAAACUAUUUUUUUAAGAGACACACACACAGAAUCCCUAACCCUUGCGAGCAGCGUAAGAUCCUCAUUCCCCUCCUCCUUUUGCCCCCCGCUAAGUUGGUCAUUGGUAAUUCGGUGAUAUUUUUUUUUCCAACCGAUUCACCGUUAUAAACGGUUUCCCUUACUAACAAAUCGGCGGCGUUGGUGGUAUGUGCGCGCGUGUGUGAACAGACAUAUUUUUCCUUCAUUUUUCUCUCUUUCGUUACAAAAUAAUUGUCCCCGCUGUUGGUCUAUUACUUCGCGUGUCGUGUGUCUUCUUCAUUGUCACACUCUUUGAAAACCCCCCGCGAACCCCGAUCCCCCUCCCUCGGCCAACCAUUACAUCGGGGUGUUGACCGAGAAUUUUGUUGUUUUUUUGUUUCCAAAAUUAUUAUCGUUGCAAUAAAGUAAAGAAAAAGUUAGCCCCUACCCUCCGGUGGUCCGCGUGUUGGAGAACAAGUAUAAAAUAUGGCGAACAGCGUGGCACCGGACUCGUGGGAACAGCAGGCGGAUAACGUUGAUAAAACAUCAACCGACGAGGGUAAAUUCAUCGAGGGCAAGUUUUCGACACUGAACGUCAAUGCAGCGGAAUUCGUGCCUUCCUUCUGCAUAAACUCUUUACCGGAUAACAUCAAUCCGACGCCGGCUUAUCCUACUAUCGAUGGUGGUGGUGGUGGUGGUGGUGGCGGCGGCGGCGGUGGCGGUCCGGACACCCCGCCAGCCGUUGUUAAUACGACCGCGACCACCUUCGUUACUCCUGAAAUUCAUCACGGUCCGGCUACACCUUCGCUACCGCCGGAUCCUGCCGGCGCUAGAGUCGAAGAACCUCCAGCCGGCGGAGGUAUCUCCCCGCCUAAUUCAUCCUCCGAACCAGCCUCUGAUGGAGAACAAACAAAUAAUAGCCCGAGACAUCAACCAGCUGAUUCUUGGGAAGAAGCUGCCGUCGACGGAGAUCCCCUUCUUACUCCAGAGAAUGAAGAGGCCUUUAUCGAGGAGGAUGAAGAAGCGAUUGUGAAGAUCCCCAAGAAAAAGAUCACCAAAGUAGCGGAAGAUACAAAGAGUAAAAAAGAACACGUCAAUGUUGUCUUCAUAGGCCAUGUGGAUGCAGGUAAAUCCACCAUAGGAGGACAAAUAAUGGCUCUGACGGGAAUGGUAGACAAGAGAACAUUGGAAAAGUAUGAGCGAGAGGCGAAAGAGAGAAGCAGAGAAACGUGGUAUUUGAGCUGGGCAUUAGACACGAAUCAGGAGGAGCGAGAGAAGGGAAAAACUGUGGAAGUUGGAAGAGCCUAUUUUGAAACUGAGAGAAAGCAUUUUACGAUUCUCGAUGCACCGGGACACAAGAGUUUCGUGCCUAACAUGAUUGGCGGUGCGGCACAGGCUGAUCUCGCCGUUCUCGUAAUAUCAGCGAGGAAGGGUGAAUUCGAAACGGGCUUCGACAGAGGAGGACAAACAAGAGAGCACGCUAUGCUCGCCAAAACAGCCGGAGUCAAACAUUUGGUUGUUCUAGUUAAUAAAAUGGAUGAUCCGACGGUCGAAUGGGAUGAGGGGAGGUACAACGAGUGUAGAGAUAAAAUAUUACCGUAUCUUCGUAAGUUGGGUUUCAAUCCAGCCAAGGAUUUAACGUUCAUGCCGGUCUCAGGACAAUUAGGCAUCGGCCUUAAAGAUCCUAUACCCGAGAGUUUAUGUGAUUGGUACAAGGGUCCACCAUUCAUAUCCUUCAUUGACUCUCUGCCAUCGUUAAAUCGCAAGAGUAACGGACCCUUCAUUAUGCCAAUUGUCGACAAGUACAAGGACAUGGGUACGGUCGUCAUGGGCAAAGUUGAAGGUGGCGAAGCGAAAAAAGGCCAAGCUCUCUUGGUUAUGCCCAACAGGACUGCGGUAAUCGUUGAUCAGCUGUGGUCAGACGACGAGGAAGUUACGUUCGUUGGACCUGGAGAAAACGUGAAAAUCAAGCUUAAGGGUAUCGAGGAGGAGGACGUUAGUCCGGGCUUUGUACUUUGUGACAGUAACAACCCGAUUAAAACUGGCAAAAUAUUCGAUGCUCAGGUUGUUAUAUUGGAACACAAGAGUAUAAUAUGUGCGGGUUACAGUGCUGUAAUGCACAUUCAUUGCGCCGCUGAAGAGGUCACGGUUAAGGCACUAAUAUGUCUCGUCGAUAAAAAAACUGGCGAUAAGAGCAAAACACGACCGAGGUUCGUUAAACAGGAUCAAGUCGCGAUUAUGAGAAUCGAAUGCGCGGGAGUUAUAUGCCUUGAAAAAUUUAAUCUCUUUGCACCAAUGGGACGUUUUACUCUCAGGGACGAAAACAAAACUAUUGCGAUCGGCAAGGUGCUGAAGGUGGUCGAGUAAAUUUGCUCAAGUCGAUUGAAGCUCGAAUUCGGUUAACGAAGAGAAAUAAAACGUGAAAAGCUGAAGAGAAAAGUAUGAGAACGAAUAAGUGAAAAGUUAACUAAAGGCAAACAAAGCAGUAAGAUCAUGGAUCGCAUGCAUCGUCGAAUCGCCGUGAAGCGAAAUCUCGAUGCAUGAGAAGCAGCCAACGACGCAAAGCCCUACCGAGAGAAUUAAAACGAUUAACUGGAAGAAAAGGACCCGAUUUCAACGACGAUGACCUAUCACACCGGUCGUUCACGAUCGGCUCGCCGGAAUAGCCUGAUUUACCCCGGUUACAUUGCCAUUGAUGCCCGUGGGAUUGAGGAAAUCGUAAGAAAGAUAAAAGAAUCAACAAAUAAAAAUACGAGAUAUAUAAUUUUACACAUCGAACGACGAUCGUUUCAGCAUUUUUACAAAUCAGCAUAUUAAAGCUCAUAUAUCUACGCACGUACACAGAUCUAGAUAUGCGUACUAUCGGAACUACAAAUACGAAUCUAUUUUCUUUCGUUUUUUAUUUUUAUUUUUUUUCCCUCCUUUUUCUCGAAGACAGUCUCCGAUGAUAGAAUUUUCCCGCUCUAAUCCUAAGAUUACAACCAAUUUUCCGUUGGAUCGAAAACUUUAUUCUUUCCAUCUCCGUGUAUCUUAAAAACGAUUAUCGAAUUUCGAGCGCGAGAAAACUAAAAAAAAGAGUACGUUAGCUUUCAUAGUUUUAUAAAUAAUUUGAAGGAAUAAAAAAAAAAACAAACGAAUUGCGCGAAACGUCUCGUAUAUGUAGAUAAAUGCUUAUCAAUUGAAAAUCGGCAACGCUAUCAAGAUACAUACAUUCGAACAUUCUCACACGCAUAGUCCUGCAAAUAAUCGGGUGGCAUCGUGUAACGGGGUAUCGAUACAAUUAAUAACUGGUAAUAAAAGGUUAAAGAAGAAAAAAAAGUAAUGAAAAAUAAAUAAAAUUAAAAAAAAGUUAAGAGGUUUUUCAAACAAUGUAAAAGCGAUAUUUUUGUUCGUCCGAGUCAUGCGCAAUGAACGAUAUAAAGUAAAAUAUGAUAUAAAAGAGUAAUCUAAGGAAGAAUUAUUAUUAUUAUUAUUAUUAUUAUUAUUAUUAUUAUUGCUAUGUUUAGUACCAAUAAUUAUCGAAUUGGCGGGUAUGAGGUGAAUAAAAAAAAAAAAUUAUCGAGUUAUGCAACUAGAUAGUGUUACACAACAAUGAAUAAUUGCAGAAUGAUUAUAUCAUUAUGAUUAUUAUUGUACUGUUUCUUAUUUUAUUGCCAUUAAAAACGAAUUUACAAGA